CGGGCGGGCGGGCGGCCGGGGACCCGGCCCGGGACCGGCGGCGCGUGGCGGCCGAGGCCCAGCUCCAGGACGUGCGCCCCAAGCCCGGGAGGCAUGCUGAGGCUAGGCGGCUGGCAGGAUGAGUGUGAACGAGGUGGGCAGCUCUGGCUGCCGGAGGCAAGCGGCCUACCACCUGCACAUCUAUCCGCAGCUGGCCACCAGCGAGAGCCAGGCCUCGUGCCGUGUGACGGCCACCAAGGACAGCACCACGUCCGACGUCAUCCAGGAUGCCAUCGCCAGCCUGCAGCUGGACGGCACCAAGCGCUAUGUGCUGGUGGAGGUCAAGGAGACAGGUGGGGAGGAGUGGGUGCUGGACGCCAACGACUCGCCCGUGCACCGUGUGCUGCUAUGGCCACGCCGGGCGCAGGACGAGCACCCGCAGGAGGAUGGUUACUACUUUCUGCUGCAGGAGCGUGACGCAGAUGGGGCCAUCAAGUACGUGCACAUGCAGCUGGUGGCCCAGGCCACGGCCACCCGGCGCCUGGUGGAGCGUGGCCUCCUGCCCCGGCAGCAGGCGGACUUUGACGACCUGUGCAACCUCCCAGAGCUGACCGAGGCCAACCUCCUGAAGAACCUCAAGCACCGCUUCCUGCAGCAGAAGAUCUACACAUAUGCAGGGAGCAUCCUCGUGGCCGUCAAUCCCUUCAAGUUCCUCCCCAUCUAUAACCCCAAGUACGUGAAGCUGUACGAGAACCAGCAGCUGGGCAAGCUGGAGCCGCACGUGUUCGCGCUGGCCGACGUGGCCUACUACGCCAUGCUCCGGAAACGCGUCAACCAGUGCAUCGUGAUCUCGGGCGAGAGCGGCUCGGGCAAGACACAGACCACCAACUUCCUGAUCCACUGUCUCACUGCCCUGAGCCAGAAGGGCUAUGCCAGCGGCGUCGAGAGGACCAUCCUGGGUGCCGGCCCCGUGCUGGAGGCUUUUGGGAAUGCCAAAACAGCCCACAACAACAAUUCCAGCCGAUUUGGGAAGUUCAUCCAGGUCAACUACCUGGAGAGUGGCAUCGUGAGAGGAGCUGUUGUUGAAAAGUACCUGCUUGAAAAGUCUCGCCUGGUCUCUCAGGAGAAGGAUGAGAGGAAUUACCACGUGUUUUAUUAUUUGUUACUUGGCGUCAGCAAGGAAGAGCGACAAGAAUUUCAGCUCAAGCAGCCUGAAGAUUAUUUCUACCUCAACCAGCAUAACUUGAAGAUUGAAGACGGAGAAGAUCUGAAGCAUGACUUCGAAAGACUCAAGCAGGCCAUGGAAAUGGUGGGCUUCCUCCCUGCCACCAAGAAGCAGAUUUUUUCUGUCCUCUCAGCCAUCCUGUACCUGGGCAACGUCACGUACAAGAAGAGAGCCACGGGCCGAGACGAAGGUCUGGAGGUCGGGCCCCCCGAGGUGCUGGACACCCUGUCACAGCUCCUGAAGGUGAAGCGAGAAAUCUUGGUGGAGGUUCUGACCAAAAGAAAAACAGUGACUGCCAAUGACAAACUCAUCCUUCCCUACAGUCUCAGCGAGGCCAUCACCGCCCGUGACUCCAUGGCCAAGUCUCUGUACAGCGCCCUGUUCGACUGGAUUGUGCUACGCAUCAACCAUGCCCUCCUCAAUAAGAAAGACAUGGAAGAGUCCGUCUCGUGCUUGUCCAUUGGGGUCCUUGACAUCUUCGGGUUUGAGGACUUCGAGAGGAACAGUUUUGAACAGUUCUGCAUCAACUAUGCCAACGAGCAGCUCCAGUAUUACUUUAACCAGCACAUUUUCAAGCUAGAGCAGGAGGAGUACCAGAGUGAAGGGAUCUCGUGGCACAACAUUGACUACACAGACAACAUUGGCUGCAUCCAUCUGAUCAGCAAGAAGCCCACCGGCCUCUUCUAUCUGCUGGACGAAGAGAGCAACUUCCCCCACGCCACGAGCCAGACCCUGCUGGCCAAGUUCAAACAGCAGCACGAGGACAACAGGUACUUCCUGGGCACCCCCGUCAUGGAGCCUGCGUUCAUCAUUCAACACUUCGCAGGGAAGGUGAAAUACCAGAUCAAGGACUUCCGGGAGAAGAACAUGGACUACAUGCGGCCAGACAUUGUGGCCCUUCUGCGGAGCAGUGACAGCUCCUACGUGCGGGAGCUCAUUGGCAUGGACCCGGUGGCCGUGUUCCGCUGGGCUGUGCUCCGGGCAGCCAUCCGGGCCAUGGCCGUGCUCCGGGAGGCCGGCCGCCUGAGGGCCGAGAGGGCUGAGAAGGCUGCAGGUCUGGGCAGCCCGGGUCCCCGAAGUCUCCUGGGAGAGCUGCAGAGAGGAGGUAGCACCCCAUCGGAAAAGCUGUACCGAGAUUUGCAUGACCAAAUCAUCAAGACCAUCAAAGGAUUGCCCUGGCAGGGUGACGACCCCCGUAGGCUUCUCCAAUCCCUCAAUCGGCUCCAGAAACCCCGCACCUUCAUCCUGAAAAGUAAAGGUACCAAACAAAAGCAGAUCAUUCCAAAGAACCUCCUGGACUCCAAGUCCCUAAAGCUCAUCAUCAGCAUGACCCUGCACGACCGUACCACCAAGUCUCUGCUGCAUCUGCACAAGAAGAAGAAACCUCCAAGCAUCAGUGCUCAGUUCCAGACAUCCCUUAACAAGCUCCUCGAGGCGCUGGGGAAGGCAGAGCCCUUCUUUAUCCGCUGUAUCCGCUCCAAUGCUGAGAAGAAAGAGCUGUGCUUCGAUGAGGAGCUGGUGCUGCAGCAGCUGCGCUACACGGGCAUGCUGGAAACCGUGAGGAUCCGGAGGUCGGGUUACAGCGCCAAGUACACCUUCCAGGACUUCACAGAGCAGUUCCAGGUGCUGUUGCCCAAGAACUCCCAGCCCUGCAGGGAGGUCAUCUCUGCCCUGCUGGAGAAGAUGAAUGUCGACAAAAGGAGUUACCAGAUCGGAAAGACUAAGGUUUUCCUGAAGGAGACAGAGCGACAGGCCCUGCAGGAGACGCUGCACCGGGAGGUCGUACGAAAGAUCCUACUCCUGCAAAGCUGGUUCCGGAUGGUGCUGGAACGCCGGCACUUCCUGCAGAUGAGGCGGGCAGCUGUCACCAUCCAGGCCUGCUGGCGGUCCUACCGCGUCAGGCGGGCUCUGGAGAGGACACAGGCAGCCCUGUACCUCCAGGCCACAUGGAGGGGCUACCGGCAGCGAGUGGCCUACCAGCGCCAAAGACAGAGCAUCAUCCACCUACAGAGCCUCUGCCGGGGGCACCUGCAGCGCAAGAGCUUCCGCCAGAUGGUCACAGAGAAGCAGAAGGCGGAAGAGAAAGAGAGGGAAGCCCAGCAAGCCGCGAGGGAAGAAACCACAGUGGGCAGGCUGAGUCCAGAACCGUCGGAGGGUGACAUGCAUUCAGUACUGGAGCCCGAGGGAUGGCCAACCCAUGAGCCCCCAGCGGAAAGCUCCCACCCCACGAAGGAGGGCCCCAGCCCUGAGAAGGUUCUCCCACCCCAGAAAAACAUACCUGAAAUUCACGAGAAAGUGUCCAGCAGCCGGGAGAAGCGCGAGUCUCGGAGGCAGAGAGGGCUGGAGCACGUGGAACUCCAGAACAAACACAUGCAGUCCUGCAAGGAUGAGAACGCCCUCAGAGAACCUUCUAGAAAGGUUACUCUGGAGCAGGAGGAGCAUCUCCCCAAAGACAAAAAGGAGAGCAGAGAAGAUGAAGCCCUGUCAGACACAGGGACAGAGAUGGAGAAAUCUGCUGAGACAAAGCAACCUGAGGGGCCACCACAAGCCACGCCAACCUGCCAGGUCCCCAGAGAAACCCCGCAGGCACCCCAGGGCAGAAUGGAACGGCCCACCAGCCUGGCCCUGGACAGCAGGGUUGGCGCAGCAGCCCCUGGCACCACCCCCGAGACCCCCCAGGAGAAGAGCAAGCUGAGUGGUAGCCCAAGGGCACAGGACAGGCCCGAGAGCCCCGGAGGCCCCGCCCAUAUCCAGCGGUACCGGGACCCAGCCUCCGAACGGCUGGCUAGUGCUGUGGAGCUGUGGCGGGGCAAGAACCGGACGGCUACCAGCCCCAGCACCAUGCUGAGCCAGUCCCUAGACCUGAGCGAGCGGCACCGAGCUGUGGGGGCCACACUCACACCCACAGAGGAGAGGCGCAUUUCGUUAUCUACCAGCGAUGUCUCCAAGCUCCUCCCAGCCCCGGCCCAGGCCAAGACUCAGCCUCCUUCGGAAGGUGUGGAUGGUGAGCCCAGCACAAAGAAGCCAGCCAUCCAGAAGAAGAAAUCGGGCGACGCAUCAGCCGCCGGCACAGAUGCAGGACUGUCACCAGGCCCCCAGGCCGACUCUAAGUCCACGUUUAAGAGACUUUUCCUACAUAAGAACAAGGAUAAAAAGUACAGCCUGGAGGGUGUAGAGGACACGGAGAACACGGCCCCUGGGAACGUUGUGCUGGAAGCUGCCGUCAUGAAGAAGAAUCUAGAAGCCCCCUCAGGCCACCAGCACCGCCACACUGCGGGCGAGAAGCACACCAAGGAGCCAGGAGGCAAAGGGAAGAAAAACCGAAACCUCAAGAUUGGCAGAAUCACGGUGUCAGAGAAGUGGCGGGAGUCGGUGUUCCGCCAGAUCACCAACGCCAAUGAGCUCAAGUACCUGGACGAGUUCCUGCUCAACAAGAUAAAUGACCUGCGUUCCCAGAAGACCCCCAUUGAGAGCUUGUUCAUCGAGGCCACCGAGAAGUUUCGGAGCAACCUCAAGACCAUGUACUCCGUCCCCAACGGGAAGAUCCACGUUGGCUACAAGGACCUGAUGGAGAACUACCAGAUUGUCGUGAGCAACCUGGCAGCCGAGCGCGGCGAGAAGGACACCAACCUGGUCCUCAACCUUUUCCAGUCAUUGCUGGACGAGUUCACCCGCGGGCACACCAAGAACGACUUCGAGCUGCCCAAGCAGAGCAAAGCUCAAAAGAAAAAGCGGAAGCAGGAGCGCGCGGUCCAGCAGCACAACGGGCACGUGUUCGCCAGCUACCAAGUGAGCAUCCCUCAGUCGUGUGAGCAGUGCCUCUCCUACAUCUGGCUCAUGGACAAGGCCCUGCUCUGCAGCGUGUGCAAGAUGACCUGCCACAAGAAGUGCGUGCACAAGAUUCAGACCUACUGCUCCUACCCAUGUGGAAGGAAGAGCGAGCCAGGUGCCGAGCCAGGCCACUUUGGUGUUUGCGUGGAUAGCCUGACCAGCGAUAAGGCCUCGGUGCCCAUCGUGCUGGAGAAGCUUCUGGAACACGUGGAGAUGCACGGCCUGUACACCGAGGGCCUCUACCGCAAAUCAGGCGCUGCCAACCGCACAAGGGAGCUCCGGCAGGCGCUGCAGUCAGACCCCGCGGCCGUCAAGCUGGAGAACUUCCCCAUACAUGCCAUCACCGGGGUGCUCAAGCAGUGGCUGCGGGAACUGCCCGAGCCCCUCAUGACCUUCGCCCAGUACAGUGACUUCCUCCGUGCCGUCGAGCUGCCAGAGAAGCAGGAGCAGCUGGCUGCCAUCUACGCCGUCCUGGAGCACCUUCCAGAAGCCAAUCACAACUCCUUGGAGCGGCUCAUCUUCCACCUGGUCAAGGUGGCCCUGCUCGAGGACGUGAAUCGCAUGUCACCCAGUGCACUGGCCAUCAUCUUUGCGCCCUGCCUCCUACGCUGCCCUGACAACUCAGACCCACUGACCAGCAUGAAGGACGUCCUCAAGAUUACCACGUGCGUGGAGAUGCUGAUCAAGGAACAGAUGAGGAAGUACAAAGUAAAGAUGGAGGAGAUCAGCCAGCUGGAGGCUGCCGAGAGCAUCGCCUUCCGCAGGCUCUCCCUCCUGCGACAAAACACUCCAUGGCCUCUCAAACUGGGGUUUUCGUCUCCCUAUGAGGGGGUCCUGAACAAGAGCCCCACAGCCCGGGGAAGCAGCAGCGGCCCAGAAGAGCUGGGGGUGCUGCCAGAGGAGGAAACAGCUGGUGACGACGAGGACCGGGAGAAGGAGAUACUCAUUGAGCGGAUCCAGUCCAUCAAGGAGGAGAAGGAGGACAUCACCUACCGGCUGCCAGAACUGGACCCUCGGGGCUCCGACGAGGAGAACCUAGACUCAGAAACAUCAGCCAGCACCGAGAGCCUGUUAGAAGAGCGAGCCGGGCGGGGGACCUUGGAAGGGCUCCCCGCACCUGCUCUCCCUAGUCCCAGCACGCCUGCCCCAAGCCCCCUCCCCGAGGUGGCUGCCCCUCCAAGACGAAGGCCGUCGUCCUUCGUGACGGUCAGAGUGAAGACCCCCCGGCGGACCCCCAUCAUGCCCACAGCUAACAUCAAGCUCCCACCCGGCCUGCCCUCCUACCUCCCUGGCCGGGCACCAGGUGCCCAUGAGGCCACCGCCUCAGUGAGGCGCCGGGAGCCACCUGCCCGCCGCCCAGACCAGGUACACUCUGUGUAUAUCACGCCGGGUGCUCACCUGCCUGCACAGGGCACUGAGGAGACCCUGGACGAGGACAACCCACUGCCUGGGGCCAAGCGGAGGUACUCAGACCCCCCAACCUACUGCCUGCCCCCCACCUCGGGCCAGGCUAACGGCUGAGGGUCUGCAGUGCCAGAAUCUGCACCUCUAAGGAUGGCCCUGUGCCAAAGCUCCAGAGCCAGCAUUCAGCUCUCCGAGAAGGAUCCAGAAUGAAAAGCUCCAAGAGCGAUGUGAGGUGGGCACCGGCUCCCCGUGCAGAGUCCAGGCAGCGAGAGGCCGGCUGGGGCUGACGCCCGACAUUGCACAGAGGCACUGCCCAGAGCUCUGAAUCCUGGCAGGCAGCCUGGCCUCUCCCACCUGCCCCUUUUGUACGGUUGUACGGUAACUGUUACUUUGUGCCUGGUUUACAUAACUUUUAAACUGUAACAGCCUUAACAGAAGACCAAAUUGUUUUUUAUAUGUGUAUGUAAAACUUUUAUAUUAAC